AUGCCAUUACCACCAUCAGCGCUAAACCAGAAGAGCAGCCGAGUUUACUCGGUGGCAAGGGUGUACAAAGACGCGUGUGCAAAGCGACCACAGGAAUACUGGGACUACGAACAAGGCGUCACAGUGGAGUGGGGAAAAAUCGACAACUACGAGAUUGUGAACAAGAUCGGUCGUGGCAAGUACUCAGAGGUUUUCAGAGGAAAGUGUGUUGUGAACGAUGAGUAUUGUGUGAUAAAAGUGCUGAAACCUGUCAAGUUGAAGAAGAUUUACAGAGAACUCAAAAUAUUGACAAAUCUCACGGGAGGGCCCAAUGUUAUCGGGCUGCUUGACAUAGUACAGGACCCUGGCAGUAAAAUACCGGCACUAAUUUUUGAGGAAGUCAAGAACGUGGAUUUUAGAACGUUGUACCUCAAGUUCACCCUAUCCGAUAUUCAGUACUAUUUUACACAGCUGCUAGUUGCGUUGGACUACUGCCACUCUAUGGGAAUAAUGCACCGUGACGUGAAGCCGCAAAACGUGAUGAUCGAUCCUGUAGAGCGCAAGCUGAGACUCAUCGACUGGGGGCUAGCAGAGUUCUACCACCCUGGCGUGGACUACAACGUGCGUGUGGCAUCUAGAUAUCACAAAGGUCCCGAGCUUCUGGUCAACUUAAACCAAUAUGACUAUUCACUGGACCUGUGGUCUGUCGGGUGCAUGCUGGCUGCAAUAGUGUUCAAAAAGGAACCUUUCUUCAAAGGAAGCACAAACCCAGAUCAGCUUGUGAAGAUUGCCCGCGUUCUCGGUACGCGUGAAUUACUGGAAUACCUGGAUAAGUAUGGCCUCAAACUUCCUCAAGAGUACGACGACAUCAUGAAGGACUUCCAACGCAAAAAGUGGACGGACUUUAUCAACUCCGACACCCCGCUGGCAGUACCGGAAGUCGUGGACCUUAUCGACAACCUUCUGAGGUACGAUCACCAGGAGAGACUUACCGCGAAGGAGACACUGAACCACGCCUUCUUCCACAAGGAUUUUUCCAAAUAA